AUGUUUGCUGCAGCCACUAAGAACUUUGUGAAGCAGGUAGGAGAUACUGGGAGACUUAUUCCCGUCCCUAGUUUGAGUGAAGCUGAUCGAUAUCAGCCACUAAGCCUUGUCACCAAGAAAAAGAAGGCACACUUCUGGAAGAAAACCAAGUACGCUUCCACCCCCUUCUCUUUAAAAGACAUACUUGUAGGAGAAAAGGAAAUAACAGCAGGUGUUUCUUCCUACCAGCUGCUGAACUAUGAAGAUAAGUCUGAUGUCUCCCUGAAUGGGCGUUUGGGGAAUCAUUUUGUGAAUGAUGUUGGUGUCAACAUCACUGGAUCGGACUCUGUUGCUGUCAAAGCCUCCUUUGGAAUUGUGACAAAGCAUGAAGUGGAGGUUCCCACAUUACUGAGGGAACUUACCUCAAGGAAGGUGGAUCUAGACCACUGUCUAAUCCGCCAGUCCAAGGGGAGUGGGAGGGCUGUUCUAUGUGUUGUCAUGGAGAGUAUUCGCACAACCCGGCAGUGUUCUCUCACUGUACAUGCAGGGAUGCAUGGGAGAACCAUGAGGUUUCAGAUUGAUGAUGGACGCAACCCCAAAGGCCGUGACAAAGCUAUAGUCAUUCCAGCUCACACAACUAUAGCAUUCAGUAUAUUUGAACUUUUUAUCCGAUUGGAUGGUCGUCUUGAUAUAUGCGUCACAUCUGAGACACUGGGCGGCUUUGAGAAAGAACAAAUCCGGGAGCAGCUUGGUGGCUUCAUUGGACGGUUCUCCAUGGGGAGUAUAAUUUUUUUUUUUGCAUGACAAGAUGACCGAACGUUUGAAGAACUCACACAUUCAGACAUGUACAUGGAUGAUUUCACCACGGCAGACUAUUAUGAGAAGGCAGCAAGUAUGACUGACAUCUCCACCAGUUACCUCAGAGAGGGAUCUCACACCCGGGAAAAUCUACUUAACCAUAACAUUCCAAAAGGCCCCUGUGCACUAUGUGGAAUGGGUCAUCAGAGACGUGAGACGGUGUAUGGCUGUCUUGAAUGUUCCUCGAAUGGACAGAAGUAUGUCAGGUUGCAUGUUGUACCAUGCUUUGAUCUGUGGCAUAAAACUAUGAGGUAA